AUGGUGUUCACGUUUCUGGUGAAUCGACACGGAGACAGGACCCCAGUGAAGCAGAAUGUUUACCUGAGCGACAAGCCAGAAGCGCUGGAAAAAAUAACGCAGCCUUUGGGAUACGGACAGCUGACUGAUCUUGGCAAGCGUAGAGCGUACGAGCUGGGAAAUUUCAUACGCAGCAGGUAUGGCGACUACCUCUCGCCGAAUUUCAACCUGUCCGAGAUAUAUAUACGGUCCACUGACUCCACGCGCGCUAAAAUGACCGUCCUAGUCGCCAUGGCGGCGGUUUACCGUCCGGACGGUGACAGCUGGAGCGACGAUAUUAAUUGGGUGCCCGUACCCUACACCACCGUACCACUGCGGUACGACUUUCUAAUGGGCAUGAACUGCCCGACUUUCGAUGAGCAUUUCAACGAGAUGUCAACGACCUACAGACCCGAAAUGGCAACGUACCAUCAAGUGGUAAAUCAGCUGUCUUCGAUACUCAGGCGCGAUCUAUCGAAAACACCGGUUAAGAUGUACUCAGCAUAUGACGUGUUUAUCAGUCAGAUACAUCUUGGCAUACCAGUAAAGCCAUCCAUUCAGAAGGUCAUGCCCGAAAUCAAAAGCGCCGCGGACAAGGCAUUCGACAUCCUAUUUGGCAACGACACAAUGCUGCCAAUGCAAGCAGGUUUACUCCUCAAGGAGUUCUUCGAUGUGGCGUCGGCCGCGAUUUCUGGUGAGCCCACGAAGAAGGUGAGAAUUUACUCGGCCCACGACACCACUGUCUACGCGUUCGAAGCCAUAUCCAGGGCCACCCCAAGACAGGGUGCACCGAUGUACGCGGCGGCUUUCGCGCUGGAGCUGAGGAGAGUGAAAGAGACGGGGAGAUACAUUGUAGUGCCAGUGUACCUGAAGUCUCCCGGUGAACCGUUGGAAUACCUCCACAUCGAGGGCUGUGAAGCGCUUUGUGACUUGGAGCAGUUCUACGAGAUCACUGCCCCCUUCCUGUUAGACGAGGAUGAGAGGAAGCGGCGGUGUAAAUACAACGAGAACGCUCCAUUCGACGACAAGGGCUAUGCA